GCGAGCGCUUUCCCUGCUUAGCUACCGCGGGACCGGCGCUUCACCCAGCGGCCCCUGGAAGGAGCGCGAAGGCGGGUCCACCAUGCGACUCAAGAGGCUGCAGCUGCUUCUCCUGCUGGCGACGACUCUGAGCUGUCAGAGUACCCGGGAGGAGGCGGCGGCGGCGGCGCAAAGGAGCAACCCCAGCUCGGAGAACGAGCCCCGAGUGAAGCUUUGCGGCCGCGACUUCGUCCGCGCGGUCAUCUUCACUUGCGGAGGGUCCCGCUGGAAGAGGGUCGGUGAACAGCAGCAGAGCGCAGCCCGGGAGCCGCUGCCCGGCAGCGCACGAGCCGCAUUUGUACAAGCUAGCAGUAAGAAUGGACUGAAGAAUUUUAAUCCUCAAUCACUAUGGGAUUUUAAAUUGAAACGAUUGCGAAGUGGCAGCCGGCCAGCCAGUGAACAGUUACUGAGAGACCUAUAUAAUCUGUAUGAUGAUUAUAAUGACUAUGUUCCUAUUUCUGAUGAAUUUAAUGACCACCCUUCCCAAGUAGCAAGUGUUGUGCAUAAAAGAGGUGAAACUAGUUUGAUCACUUCCAUGGAAUCAUAUAAUUUUCCACAGGUCAAGUAUCCUCGAAGAAAGCGUGACAUGUCUUUAGGAAUAGCUGCAAUGUGCUGUAAAUGGGGAUGUACCAAAAAGGAGAUUAGUAUACUUUGUUAAUACAAUUAGAUCCCUGUAUUGAAUUUUUUAUAGGUUCUGUGUUAGUUACAGU